AUGGUUAUAAAUGAUGAUAUUUUUACGCAAUAUCCUAUCCUGAAUUUUUUUAUAAUACCGAUAAAUUCAUAUGUAAUAUUACCCCACAAAAAGCCAAUAAAUAGAGAGCUCGAUCCGAAAAAUUAUUUUGAACCGGAACAACAGAUUAAUAUAACCCGAAGAUCUGUGGCUGUCAAAGAUAGAAAAUUCCUAUGGGAUGACGGUAUUAUUCCGUAUGAAAUCCGAGACAUAUUCAAUGGAACAGAACGCAAAUUAAUUAAACAAGCAAUGAGACAUUGGGAACAAUCGACUUGCAUAAAAUUCGUUGAAAGAAUUAAAGAAGCUCAUGGUACUUACAUACUGUUCACUAAAUUAAACUGUGGAUGCUGUUCAUUGAUCGGCAAACGAAGCAAAAGAAGACAGUAUAUUAGUCUAGCUGAUGGAUGUGCUGAAUUUGGAACGGUUGUUCACGAACUGGGCCAUGCGAUAGGUUUCUAUCACGAACAUAACCGUCUAGACCGUGAUGAUUAUGUUCAAAUAAAUUAUGAUCAUGUGGAAGAUGGGUUCGAACUUGAAUUCAGCAAACUACCUGCUAAAGACACAAGUACUUUAGGUCAACACUACGAUUAUGGUUCAAUAAUGCAUUAUAGAUCAUCAGCUUUCGCAACUAGCCCAAAUAUAGAUACUAUUGUUCCGUUACGAAAAAUUAAUGAAAGAAUACCGGAAAUUGGUCAGAGAAAUGGACUCAGUAAGGGUGACAUAGAUGCGACAAAUUUGCUGUAUGAUUGUCCAAAAUGUGGCCAAACAUUUUUUGAACCGAAACAUGUGUUCAGUUUGUCAACGAAUGCAGAUGAAUCACAAAUUGAUUUCGAAUAUUGUCAAUGGACAAUCCGAGCUGCCAGAGGCGAAAAAAUAAAACUUUAUAUCACAUCUUUAUAUUCUCACUAUACUCCUAAUUGUACAGUCGAUUACUUGGAAAUUCGAAAUGGCUAUCAGACUAAUAGUACUGUCUUAGGACGUUUCUGUGGAGAAAUUAAAACCGUCUCCUUAAUUGCUGAUGAUUAUGUGACGGUGACAUUUAUUGGAGUUCGUUAUGGAAGUUAUCGUCUUGGAUUUUUAAUUGAAUACGAAACUGUUUGCGGCGGUUAUGUAUAUCUAAAAAGUAAUGAUAUUCAUUAUUUAGAAUCGCCAAACUAUCCGGAGUCAUAUAGAAGAAAUAAAAAGUGCUUUUGGAAUUUUAUUGCACCAGAAGAUCACAAAAUAUCAGUUGUGUUCGAUUAUUUCGAUCUGGAAGACAACAGAAGUUGUACAAAUGAUUUUUUUGAAAUACGCGAUGGUGAUUAUUUUGACGCACCACUCAUUGGAAUUUACUGCGGCAACAAAGAAAAUUUGAACAUAACUUCUUCGGGGGAAAAACUUGUUUUAAUAUUUGUCAGCAAUAAAUCGAAAGAAGCGGGCGGUUUUUCGGCAACUAUUUCUGCGCAGCCAAAUUGA